AUGCCCUGGUCUACUCUGCCAACCGAACUCCAGCUCACUGUUCUGGAACAUCUCGCCCAGCUGGAGUUUCAAACCCGUAUAACACACAAGCCGAAUGCGCCAUACAGUAUCGGAACAUCGCUCUCAAGAUACGUCACGGUUUCUGAACAAUGGCAAGACUUUUUUGAGCCUCGAAUAAUGGACACUCUCCAUGUUACAAGAAAUGACAUGGAAACGUUCGCUCAUGUCUUUCGUAUCGAGCGAAGGAGAAAGUACUUACGCCAGAUCGCUCUAGUCAUAAGACUGCCUGAUGAUUUUCCUCCUUUCAGAAUGAGGGAGGAGUGGGAGGAAAGUUUUAUUAUAGACGUGCUGCUUGAGGCGGAUCUAAUUGACCUGGUAAAUAGAUUCGGGUUGCCUCCUGGUUCAAGAGAGGUGAAAAACAACGUUGCUCUGCUGGAGACAAUAUACGACCUUUUUGUCCAGCUGAGCACAUGGAACAUGGAACAUGUCCGAAGUGGAGGUAUUGGGCUAGAGUUACUCGCAGACUCCAAGAAUUCGUGGCAGGUUAUCGCUCCACAGCUUACAGCCUUUCAACGCGCGAUCGACUUUGACGGACACAGCAUCGGAACGGCUGAACAGCAGUGGCUCAUCGAAUUCGCACUGGACAACUUUAAUAUGUACCUCGGCUUCGAGGUUGAAGGAUACCAAGGACCCGCGCUGGAAUUGCCCACGGUUGAUGUUGUCACGAGUCUCUCCAUCAUGCGAAGAAGCAGGCGUCGCUUUGAUGGCGUCGUGGUUUUGGAGCUGAUGGAAAGACUCCCUGCUCUCAAGCAUCUUGUCUGGGAGAUGGAACCGAUGCGGCCGCAGUCGCGAGAGAAAUUGUUGCAAUAUCAUCUGUCGGAUGCCGUUGUGAGAUGGCCUCGCCAUGUGGACAGCAUCCAAAUUGUCCUUUUGCAGCAUCAUAUUGAGUACCCGAGGUUGGAUCCUGAUUCUAAAAUGAUUCAACGACUCCCUCUGAUCUUGGCGGAUCAAGCACAAUUCCUCCGACAUAUUUACAUAAAUUUUCCCAUCGAUGCAUCCCAUUUCUUCAAGAGAGUUGUCAAGGGCAUUUAUCCCACCCUUCAGACCCUCACGAUCUGGUCAACACAGCGGAUAGUCGAGAGAACACCAUCGACGAGUCACUACUUACUCAGGCUAGUGAUCAGGGCAUUGCUCCGAAUGUCCAAUAUGCAGUUCCUUACUGUAUAUAAUAUGAAAUCUUCGGAUGCAGGACUCUUCAACUACGACGCUUCAGGCAAUCUUUCCGGCCAUGGGUCUUUUUACCGGCUAUGCAGUAGCUGGGGCUGGGAGAUGAGCGACGAAAUGGAUGAGUUCUUGUCGGCUUCUGUGCUCCAGAAAGAAAACCGUGGCGCUUCAUCGAAGGUUGAAGAAUUGUCGACGAAGGAAGUCAAGAGCUUGAUUUCAGCCGUAUUGAAAAAGUCGGAGGCUAUGGGUCGGGUUAAUCAGGGCGUCGGGAUUUCAAAAUGUGUUGUCGAGAGUAUGAAGGGAUUGUUUGUGUCAUGA